UUUUUUUUUUUUUUAUAAAACUUCUUCAAAAGGUAUAUAAAGUAUUCGUAUUUAUUGGUGAAGACUUUAUUUUUUUUUCUUUCUUUCUAUUCACUUUAUACUACUUGUUAUUUAUUUAUUUUUUAUUUUUUUUUAUUGACAAUGCAAUGGAACGUUUUGGGAACAGGUGCUAUUGGUUGUCUUCUUGCUAGUCAACUUCGUCUUCAAAAACUCAAUGUUAACUUACUACUUCGGUCUCAACAACACCUGAAAGACUUUCAAGCGCGUAAAAACACCAUUACAUACGAAUGUCAAGGGAAAACAACUGAAAUCGAUGGAUUCACUGCUAGCGUACUUGGAGACAAAAAUAUACCAUUGAUUGAAAACCUUGUGGUAGCGACAAAAGCACAUCAUACUGCUGAAGCCCUUGGAUCAGUGGUAGGACACCUUAAGUCCGAUAGCUCGGUGUUACUUUUACAAAAUGGAAUGGGAAUAGUGGAAGAAUUGGAAUCUAAAUAUUGGUCUCAACAACAACAUCCACGAUUAUUCAUUGGUGUGAAUCGACAUGCUGCAGAACGAUUGGCACCUUUUCAUAUUAUUCAUCAUUCUGGUUGGAACGAUCCUGAAGGUGGAUUGAUGAUGGGUGAAUAUGGUAAGCAAACAGAGCCUUCCCCUUUGGCACAAACACUACAAGAUAUACCAAUCAUGCAAGCGAUCACGUUGUCCUGGCAAGAUCUUUAUUCUCGUAUGCUGAAGAAAUUGGUAGUGAAUGCAACCAUCAAUCCUGUGGCCUCUAUUCUCAAUAUAAAAAAUGGUGGAUUGGUGGACGAUAAUCCUCAUGCGAUUCGACUCAUGCAUAGGGUAUGUGAAGAAGUGAUUGCUAUUUUGGGUGACGACAUGCCUGGUGAAACUGCAGCUUCAUUGAUCGACAUGGUGAUCACUAGUUGUCGUGUGGCGGCUGGAAAUACGUGCUCUAUGCUUCAAGAUAUCAAGGCAGGACGGAAAACGGAAAUCAAUUAUAUCAAUGGUUAUUUAUGCAGGUUGGCAAAAACUCGUGGGAUUGAUUGUCCUACAAAUAUGGAUUUGGUAGAUUUGAUUUUAGCAAAAGAGAAGUUUUAUCAAUAAAUUUACCUUUUUUUUUUUAUCAUCAA